AUGUUGGUGAGCAUGCCCUGUACCUCCAUAGCAAACCAGUUCUUCACAUCAAUGUCUAAAUAUCCUGAUGCCACAGAGGGUGAUGUGCAGCUGGAGUGGAAAGGCAAUGUUCCUGAUGAUGAUGUUGAUGAAGACUUCGAGUCUUCCCCUGCUCCACCCUCAGCUCCACCCCUGGAGAAGAUGGACCCUGUGCCAGGAUACAACCACAUUGGAGCUGGGGGAUUCAUGGCUCCACCACCCGCUUAUGAAGCGGUGAUGAGAGAGCAGCCAACAAGGGAGCAGAUAUUAGGAGCCGACAUUAUCAAUGAGAACGAUGCUAGGGAAGUGUUGUUGCAGCAUGUUGCAGAACACUGUUGCUAUGGCAGCAGAGCGGCUAAGCAACUCAAAUUUACUGAACUUGAGCACACCAGUGCUUUUCAUUAUAAAUUAGAGACAUUUGCUGAGGGACGAACAACAGAAUGGACAUUUGUUCCAUACACAGGUCAAAUGAUAGAUGGGCCAGAAAAUGGCCCUGCCCCCAUGCCGUGGGACAUCUAUGCUAUUCCAGGCGCAGAGUUUACUGAUCAUGUAAAGCAGAUUGAGGUCCCUCAUACAUCAUCUGUUAAGCCCUGUCACCACUGUUCAGCCACUGGAAGGAUAAGAUGUCACAAAUGCCUUGGUAGAGGCAGGGUCAAGUGCAGCUCAUGUUAUGGAAAGGGCUACAAGUAUGUAACGAGACAGGGGGACCGAAGGAAACACAACUGCACCUGGUGUCAUGGAAGCGGAAAACGCAAAUGUCAGACAUGCUGCGCCAGUGGAAUGAUAACAUGUACAGCCUGUGCGGGCCACUGUCAACUGAAGUGUUUUAUACAACUCAGUGUGAAAUGGAGCAAUCAUAUAGACGACCAUGUUGUAGAAAGGACAGAGCUCCCAAACGACCUUAUUAAGAAGGUCACUGGCCAUGUGGCUUUUAAUGAGACUCAGUUUAGGGUUUGGCCUAUCAACCAUUUUCCGGAUGCUGAUGUAAACACAGCUUCAAACCAGCUUGUCAACAAGCAUGCGACGGCUUUUGGAAUGGAGAAAAUACUCAUGCAGCGACAUCAUGUUCAGAUCGUACCAGUGACACAAGCCCUGUACAGAUGGAAGAAUGUUAACUCUGAUUUCUUUGUCUACGGGUAUGAGAAGAAAGUAUACGCCCCGAAGUAUCCACAGCAGUGUUGUUGCGGAUGUAGCCUUCUGUAGGUCCACAUAGAAAACAUUCAGAAUCUAGGAUAUGCUUUAUGGCA